AUGAAAACCACUGGUGGUGACCUGUUGGAGUCCAGCAGCUUUGCUGGCUCAGACUUACUUUGUGGAGAUCCAGGGUCAGAAGUGAGAGUCAGGAUAGACGGGAAUGUUUUCACCGUGGAUAAAAAACUCCUGGAGGAGAACUGUGAAUACUUCCAGGCUCUUUUCCGAUCAGGAAUGAAAGAGUGCCAGCAGGACGAGAUUGAUCUUCAGGUUGUAAGUGCUCGUGGAUUCCUCGCAGCUCUUCAGGUGAUUCGUGGUGAAAGACCUUUUCUUAGCGCUGAUGAAAUUGUUGAUGCUGUAGAAUGUGCCGCCUUCCUUCAGGUUCCAGCUCUUGUCAAACAUCUCAUAAACAUCAUUGAUUCAGAUAACUGCGUCCUCAUGUAUCACUCAGCUGCCAGUUUUGGUUUGUGGAAGCUCUUGAGAAGUGCAGGCUUGUUUAUUCGUGACAUGUACCAAGACUUGAAGGAGGACGUUUGGUGCUUGCCAAAAGAACUCAUCGAUUAUGUGGAGUCUCUGAUUCCUAGUACAUAUAUUACUGUGGGCAGCCACUCGCCCACCAUCAAACUGCUUCAGGACUUCAUGAGGACGGUUUGUUAUCUCGAUGAGGAUGAAAAAGACUGGAAGGUCCUCACACACCUUCCUCUGGAGGCUAGCACCACCAUGGCUGGAGUUACUGUGUUUGAUAAUAAGAUCUUUAUUGUUGGAGGCGUUUAUGACAUGAGUAAAAAAGUUGUGGACUCAGGCUACUGCUACGAUGUCACCUCAGAUACCUGGAGAACUUUCUCCAAUCCAAAACAGCUUCGCUAUAACUGUACACUAGUGGAACAUGAAGGAUCUCUCUACGCUCUCGGUGGAGAGUUUAAUCGAACCUCCAUGUCGUCUGUGGAAAAAUAUAACGUCUGCACAGAUACCUGGAGCUUCGCUGCUCAUCUCCCCAAACCUGUGUCUGCCGUACCGUGUGCCAAAACCAUGGGCAGGAUGUUCAUCUGUCUCUGGAAACCGAAAGAUGCCACCGAGAUUUACGAAUACCUCUCAGAUACAGAUGAGUGGAAUCUAGUGACCACACUAAUACGACACCAAAGUUACGGGCACCGUAUGGUGGCACAUCGGGACAAACUGUACGUGAUGAGGAACGGACCGUGUGACGACUUUCUGAAAUGUGUAAUAGACUGUUAUAACCUGAGCUCGGGUCAGUGGACGCCCAUAUCGGGGCAGUAUGAGAACAGUGAGGGAGCUUUGUUCACGGCGGUGGUGAGAGGCGACUCGGUGUUCACCAUGAACCGCAGAGCUACGGUGGAGUACGCCAUCGAGGAAAACAAAUGGAGGACAAAAAAACAGAUGGGCGGGUUUCCAAGAUUCGGCUCCAUGUGGACUUUCCUCCUGAGACUGCCCAAAAAAAGCAAAGAGCAUCUGGGAAAGGCAGAUCUGACUCACGUCCAAGAUGUUAAUGCACCCUCUCAUGUCCGUCCAAGUUCUGUCGUAAAGUGUUAUGACUGAUCAGAAUCUACGUAAAUCAGACUGUGGAGAAACGCUUUAUUUAUUACGACCUCAUUUACAGCUGAUUUUACUUCAUUGUGUCUCUGCUUAGCCAGAAACUUCCACAAUUCAGCUGAUAUAUAAUAAUCACUAUAUACACUGAGGGCUAAAGUAUGUAGACACCCCUCAAAUUCUCCAAAAUCACAGCUGGUCUCACAAAUGCUUUUUUUGCCUAAAUGAGCACAGAUUCCCACAGACACACCUCAAAAACCUGUGAAAUUCCUUUCCAGAAAAGUGGAGGCUGUCAUAUUCGCAAGAGGUGGGAAACAAGGAGUAGGGUGUCUACAUACUUUUGGCUGUAUACUGUGUCGUUUUUCUGUCUUUUUGAUCUGAUUGAAUAGAGGAAAUGGAUGUGGGUUAGGUGUGUAAAUUACAAUGUAAAGAUAUUUAACGUUGUUUUGUGGUCAGAGUCUCUCUA